UCAGUGUGCCCUGAUGAUCUCUGUAGCCCCAGCAGCAGCACCUGUCAGUGUCCAUCAGUGCCAGCUCUCAGUGCCCAUCCAUGUCACCUGCCAGUGCCCAUCAGUGCCACUUUUCAGUGCCACAUAAGUGGCACAUAUCAGUGCUCAUCUGAGCUGCCUUUCAGUGUCACCCAUCAGUGCCAGUCAGUGCCACCUAUCAAUGCCAGUCACUGCCACUUAUCAGUGCCGACUAUCAGUGCCCAUCAGUGCUGCCUAUUAGUGCCGCCUAACAGUGCCAGUCAGUGCCACCUAACAGUGCCAUCAGUGCCACCUAACAGUGCCAGUCAGUGCCGCCUAUCAGUGCCAUAUAUGAGUGCUGCCUAUCAGUGAUGCAUUUCAAUGUCCAUCAGUGCCACCUACCAGUGCCUCCUCAUCAGUGCCACCUAUCAGUGUCCAUCAGUGCAGCCUAUCAGUGCCCAUCACUACAGCCUCAUAACGCGCAUCAGUGAAGGAGAAAAAUCACUUAUUAACAAAAUUUUAUAA